UAGCAGGUUCCCGGAUUCGGCUGGCUCUUACGAAGUCUGGAGGAGGUGGAGUAGGAGGAGACGGAGAAGCUGGCGGAUGAACAGCAUUCGUUGGAACAGAAAGGAUAAACACCUGGAUUCUGGCCAUCAAGCAUUUUAUGUUUCUGCUUCCAAGAACUGAUUUCUGAUUAACAGGCUGGCUAUGUUGAAAACCUGCAGUCACUGCCACUUUUCCAAAUUUGAGUUUGACAACAUUGUUUUAGAAUAAAGAAAAAUGUCACGACCAAGCAGUGUUUCUCCAAGGCCCACACCAGGUCAGUCCGGUCAGUCAACCUCUAGAGCAAAAGGGCUGAAGGAUAUCCGGAUUGAUGAAGAAGUUGAGAUAGCUUUGAGUAUUGCACUUGAAAGAUUUCGAUACAGUGAUGAGAAAGAAAUGGAGUUCCCCUCUUCUUUUACAAGUAUUGAAAGAGCCUAUAUUCAUCGUCUUGCUCCAUCCCUUGGUCUAAUUUCCAAAAGUAAAGGGAAAGGGGUGCACAGGUUCCUCACAGUAAAGAAAAAGGAUGGAUCAGAGGCAUCUUGUUCAGUAAUGAACUUUAUCAUUUCCCAUAAUUCAAGACACGUCAUACGUAGUUUACUCCAAAGAUUUCCUGUCACUAACAAAGAACGUACUGAUCUUCUUCCUAAAACUGAACGUGGAAAUUCUGCAUCCAUUGAAGCUGAAAGUAUCAGAGAAAAAAACAGAACAAGUGGAAGGCUGAACAAUGGAAUACCUCAAGUUCCUCCAAUCAGAGGAGAGUCUGAAAUUGAUUGUUUUCGUUGUUCACUGCCAGUGUUUGAGAGACAAGAGGAAAUAGUUAAAGUUGUAAAGGAAAACAGAGUGGUUUUAAUAGUAGGUGAAACUGGAUCUGGAAAAACAACUCAGAUUCCACAGUUUCUCCUUGAUGAUUCCUUUAAGAAUGGCAUUCCAUGUAGAAUAUUUUGCACUCAGCCAAGAAGGCUUGCUGCUAUUGCUGUGGCGGAAAGAGUUGCAGCUGAAAGAGGAGAAAAAAUUGGGCAGACUGUUGGAUAUCAAAUUCGGCUGGAAAGCAGAGUUUCUCCAAAGACGUUGCUUACCUUCUGUACUAGUGGAGUUCUGCUUCGAACACUGAUGGCAGGAGAUGCCUCAUUUUCAACUGUUACUCAUGUUAUUGUGGAUGAAGUACAUGAGAGAGAUGGGCUAACUGACUUCCUGCUUACCAAGAUGAGAGAUUUAUUACAGAAGCAUCAUUCUUUAAAGCUAAUCCUGUCUAGUGCUGCCCUUGAUGUUAGCCUUUUUAAAAGAUACUUUGUGUCUUGUCCAGUUAUUUAUAUCCAGGGUAAACUUUAUGAAGUAAAAGAGCUAUUUCUGGAAGAUAUCUUAAGAUCAACUGGCUAUGCAAACAAAGAAAUGAUCAAAUACAAGAAGGAUAAGCAAAAAGAGGAAAAACAACAUGCCUCUCUAAAUGAAUGGUGCAAGUUUAGAGACCGCAGUCCAAAAGUUGAACAGCGUAAAGAAAAAGUUGCAUCAAGACCACUUGAAGAGAAGGAUUUUCUUGAUGAUGGACUGGAUAGUGUAUUUUGCCAUCUGAGUGAGAAGGAUGUAAACACUCUAGAGCCUUGGCUACUAAAUGAAAUGGAUGCUUGCAUUUCUGAUAUCUUCCUAAACCAAGAUGCCGAAGCCUUUGUGAAAUUGUUUAACCUCAUUCUGAGUGAAAAUGUCAGUGUUGACUACAGACACAGAGAAACCAGUGCUACACCUUUGAUGGUUGCAGCAGGGAGAGGAUUCAUUAGUCAGGUGGAACAACUUCUUAGUAUGGGAGCCAAUGUACAUUUAAAAGCAUCUAAUGGAUGGACAGCUUUAGACUGGGCCAGACAUUUCAACCAGGCUGAAAUUGUGGAUCUUCUUGAGUCUUCCCUUUCAUCUUUAGAGGCUGAAAAUCUUGAUGAAAGCAUCCUUGUUCAGUCCAACAGUGGUGACCUCAAUGCAGAGGACAGAGAGCUUCUGAAAAUGUACCACCAUAGUUUUGAUGAUGAAAAGGUUGACUUGGAUCUGAUCAUGCAUCUUCUUUAUAAUAUUUGUCAAAAUUCUGACGACGGUGCUGUUUUAAUUUUUCUCCCUGGAUAUGAUGAAAUUGUAGGACUUCGUGAUCGAAUUCUUUAUGAUGAUAAAAGAUUUUCUGACCACAUCCAUAGGUACCAGGUUUUUACACUCCAUUCUAAUAUGCAGACAUCUGACCAGAAAAGAGUUCUACGAGUAUCCCCUCCUGGUAUUAGAAAAAUAAUUCUUUCAACCAAUAUUGCAGAAACCAGUAUCACGGUCAAUGAUGUGGUCUUUGUUAUUGAUGCUGGCAAAGUCAAAGAGAAAUCCUUUGACGCUCUGAACCAUGUGACAAUGUUAAAAAUGGUAUGGAUCUCAAAAGCAAGUGCAAUCCAGAGAAAAGGAAGAGCUGGGCGUUGUCGACCAGGCAUUUGUUUUCAUCUGUUUAGCAGAUUACGCUUUAAACACAUGUUGGAGUUCCCGAUACCAGAACUUCUAAGAAUGCCCCUUCAGGAGUUAUGCUUACAUACAAAACUUCUAGCACCCGUCACAUGUCCAGUAGCAGAAUUCCUUUCCAGAGCACCAGAGCCACCAUCAACUUUGAUAAUCAAGAAUGCUGUACAGAUGCUUAAGACCAUUGACGCCAUGGAUUUUUGGGAAGACUUAACAGAACUUGGAUAUCACCUUGCAGAUCUUCCUGUUGAACCACACCUUGGAAAGAUGGUUUUGUGUGCUGUAGUGCUUAAAUGCCUUGAUCCUAUUCUUACUAUUGCAUGCACACUUGCCUACAGAGAUCCUUUUGUUUUGCCAGUGCAGGCUGCACAAAAAAGGGCAGCAAUGCUUUGCAGAAAACGUUUCUCUGCAGGAACCUUCAGUGAUCAUAUGGCACUGUUAAGGGCUUUUCAGGCAUGGCAGAAGGCUCGUAGCGAUGGCUGGGAGAGGUCAUUUUGUGAAAAGAAUUUUCUUUCCCAGGCUACAAUGGAAAUUAUCAUUGGAAUGAGGACACAGUUACUAGGUCAACUUAGAGCAAUAGGUUUUGUUAGGGCUAGAGGAGGAGGUGACAUUCGCGAUGUGAAUCUCAAUUCUGAAAACUGGGCAGUGGUGAAAGCUGCCCUUGUUGCUGGAAUGUAUCCCAACCUCAUCCAUGUAGACAAGGAGAACUUUAAGCUAGUGGGUGCAAAAGAAAAGAAAGUCAGAAUUCAUCCUACCUCAGUUUUGAGUCAGCCAAAUUUCAAAAAGAUCCCUCCAGAAAAUGGUCAGGCCACAGCUAUUCAGUCACUACCCACAGACUGGUUAAUAUAUGAUGAAAUGAUCAGAUCGCACAGAAUUGCCAGUAUACGGUGCUGUUCUGUAGUGACACCAUUUACAAUGGCUAUUUUUGGAGGAACAGCUAAGCUUCCAAGCACUGCUUUACAGGAACCUAUAGUGCAAAGAGUUGAUGGAACAAAUGAUAGCAGUGACAGUGAGAUGGAAGAACGAUCAUCAAGUAACUUGGCUACUCUAAAAAUAGAUGAAUGGAUGCAUUUCAAAUUAGAACAAGAGACUGCCAAUCUGACCUUCCAGCUAAGACAAAAAUGGCAUAGUCUGUUUCUGCGUCGAAUACGAGCACCUUCAAAACCUUGGUCUCAAGUUGAUGAAGCUACUAUGAGAGCACUUGUAUCUGCACUUACCACAGAAGAGCAUGUCACAGGGCUGCAACAGCCAACCGGGAUUGGUCAGCGCCCGAGACCCAUGUCUUCUGAAGAACCACCACAGUUGUCAUCAUGGAGAGCAACCAACAGUCGAAAGAGUUCUGUUGACAAUGAAUUUGUAGAUGAAACUUCAAAUACUGAAAGGUCUCAAACAAUGUCUCCAUCUUCAGCGUUUUACUUACCAAAGGCAUAUAAAGACAGAAGUGGUGUCCACCCAAAAAGAAUCCUUGAUGACAAGUCUGAUCAGUCAUCAGUAAAAUCUACAGAUAGUAACAGUUUCCCAAGUCCUUGUGCAAGUCCCUCACCGCCAUCUUCAGGCAAGGGUUCAUCGUCGCCAUCACCCAGACCAAAUAAUCCAUUACGCUAUUUUAUCAUGAAGAGCAGUAAUCUGCGCAAUAUUGAAAUCUCGCAACAAAAAGGAAUUUGGUCUACAACACCAAGUAAUGAGCUUAAGCUGAAUCAUGCAUUUCUUGAGAGUAGCAUAGUUUUUUUGGUGUUUUCUGUGCAAGGCUCUGGACACUUUCAGGGUUAUGCAAGGAUGUGCUCAGAAAUUGGCCAAGAAAGGAGUCAGGAGUGGGGCUCAACUGGACUUGGAGGAGUUUUCAAAGUUGAAUGGAUCAGGAAGGAGAGCCUCCCCUUUCAACACACUCACCAAUUACUUAAUCCUUGGAAUGAUAAUAAGAAAGUACAGAUAAGCAGGGAUGGACAGGAACUUGAGCCUCAAGUAGGAGCACAACUACUACAGCAAUGGGAGCGUUUUUCUGCAACUGACAAUCACUACAAAUAAAUUUCUGAAUUUGCUUUAACAGAUGCCUUUAAGAUUUGCGCUUUUUCAUGAAGAAUGAUUGAAUGUUGGAUAAUGCUGCAGCUGUUUAUUGUUAAAAGCCUGCUCCUAUGAAACAUUAGAUAUGAUUUAUGAAUAGAAUAAGUCACAUCUUAGCAUUUGUGAAUAAAGUGUAAUAACUAUGCACUGUCUGUGAUUUUUUUAUACCCCUACACUGUAAUGUACCUGAUUUAUGGUUAAGAAUAAAGUUUGUUGGUUUAUAGGCCAGGAAAUGUAGCCUUUCAGAAAUGCUAAAUUGAAAGUAAUGAAGCAGAAGUGUUACUUUUCAUUUUUUAAGAUAGGAGUGUUUCAAUUUUGAUUAAGAUUACUUAAAUGAUUGUUUAUUAACUGCUUUUAUUUUUCUUACAAUUGCCUGAGAAUAAUUUAUUAGGAAUUCAUUUUUAUUUCUUGUCCAUACAGUAUUUGUAAACUUUUUUUUUUUUGUGGCCAACAUCGCUGAGUGUGUUACAUUUGUUAAAGCCAUACAGAGGACCACUAAGUAAUUGAUCUGUGAAAUGUUUAUCUUACUUUAUAUGUUAGUUGUACUUUUGCACAGUUUUAUUUCAUUGUUAAAAUGUUCAAAUAAAGCACUACUUCU